AAUUAUUGUUGGAUUCGGAUUCGGAUAAGUACACGUGCGAAUUAUUCACGAAAAUUGUUGCCGAUAUGUUGAUAAAUUAUUCUACCAGCGUUACUUUUGUGGGAUACUGCAACUUUCGAGCAACGAAAACAUUUAAAAACACGAAGUUAUCGGGAUGUGACUACCAGGAACUGAAAUAUGAACAUCUCAAUCUUUUAGCCUCUGCAUUGCUGUUGCGGCAUCAGCAUUGCUUUACUUCAACUCGAACUCAAACUAGGCUUGAGUUAUGACCGGAAUACGCUGCAAGACUUAACGAGAUUGACAUCUCAGGUGGCUAGAGCGAGCCCAGCCUACAGAACCCAGCCCAGGCCAGGACCCAGCCGUCUUCGGCGUCAUCAGCCGACAAUCGUCCUCAGAAGAUCUCAUCUCCGCGAGAUCGCUGCAGCCACACCUCAGCGCUGAUCUGGGGGAAGGCGGUGGGGAACUGCCUAGGACCUGACGAUGCAGAGCUGUGCCGUGACCACCGAGACCCGCCCGCUGCAGCAGACCGCGAGUCUCUGAUACACCCUGCGCCGCCAGCGGUCACCUGUAGCUGAACACCGAGCCCGGCUCACCGUCUGUCCUCUCUCCGCGCCUGUCUCUGAAGUCACCGCCAUGGAGCCGUGGUCGUCCGAGGUGAUCUGGAUCGUCGUCGUCGCCUUCGUCGUCUCGUUCCUGCUGGCGUUCGGCGUCGGAGCCAACGAUGUGGCCAACAGCUUCGGCACGUCGGUGGGCUCGCGGGCGCUCUCCCUGAGGACGGCCUGCAUCCUGGCGACAAUUUUCGAAGUGGCCGGCGCCAUACUAAUAGGGUACAAAGUGUCGGAAACAAUGAGGAAAGGAAUCCUGGACGUCGGUCUGUACCAGAACAACGAGAAGGAACUGAUGCUGGGCUCACUGGCUGCUCUAGGCGGCUCGGCCAUCUGGAACCUGCUGGCCACGUUCCUGCGUCUGCCCAUCUCGGGCACACACACCAUCGUCGGAGCCACCAUCGGCUUCUCGCUGGUUGCUCGCGGCGCCGACGGCGUCAACUGGCGCACAUUCGGCAAAAUCGUGGCCUCGUGGUUCCUGUCGCCGGUUCUCUCGGGUAUCAUCUCCAUCUGCCUGUUCCUGAUCGUGCGGACGCUGGUGCUCCGCCGACCCGAGCCGGUCGAGCCUGGCCUGCGCUCGCUGCCCUUCUUCUAUGGCUUCACCAUCCUGAUCAACGUGUUCAGCGUGGUGCACGACGGACCGUCACUGCUGUACCUGGACAAGCUGCCCGUGUGGGCGGUGGUGCUGAUCUCGGUAGCUGCCGGUCUGAUCGUGGCUAUCGGGGUCCAGCUGCUGCUCGUGCCGCGACUCCGGAGACAAAUCAAAGCGGCGGUGACGUCGACGGCCGAUAUGCGUCGCGAGGCUCAGUUCAUGCUGGGUUCGCCCGAGACGUCUCGGCUGCCCAGCCCGGACGUGUCCAAGGGUCCGACGCCGACCAUCUCUAUGGAGAAGCUGAGUCAGACACUGAGUCCCUCUGAGGAGGCGGCCGCGCGGCCGCAGGGCGCCGCCGCCACCUACGCCUUCAACGGAGAGACGGCGGCCAACAACGGUUACAUCGCGGCCACCACUCUACAGGUGCCGUCGAUCCAGUCGGCUGUAUCCAGUGAGAACGGCUCGGCGCCCGUGAAGAACGGCGGCUCGAUCCCGGGCAACGCCAGCCAGCUACCUCUGGUGGGCGGAGGUGUGGACGCCCGGAAAAACUCCAACGUCCUGCCGAUAGCCGCGGCGCGGGAGCUGCGCGAGCUCUCCCGUCCGGAGCCGCCCGAGGUGGCGCGCCUGUUCGCCGCUCUGCAGGUGAUGACGGCCUCGUUCGGCAGCUUCGCGCACGGCGGCAACGACGUCAGCAACGCCAUCGGGCCGCUGAUUGCCGUGUGGCUCAUCUUCAUGGAGGGCUCUGUGGCGCAGAAGGCCGAGACGCCCGUCUACAUUCUGUUCUACGGAGGCGUGGGCAUCUCAGUCGGCCUGUGGGUCUGGGGACGGCGCGUCAUCAAGACGAUCGGCGAGGACCUCACCCAGCUGACUCCGUCUAGCGGUUUCACGAUCGAGCUGGGCGCCGCGUUCACGGUGCUGUUCGCCUCCAAGAUCGGCCUGCCCGUCUCCACCACCCACUGUAAGGUGGGCAGCGUGGUGUUUGUCGGCUGGGCGCGCAGCACACGCGCCGGCGUCGACUGGAAGGUGUUCAGAAAUAUCAUCAUUGCCUGGCUGGUGACGGUGCCUUUCGCGGCGGCUGCCAGCGCCGCUCUGAUGGCCCUCUUCCGCGCGGUGGCGCUCUAGUCGCCGUAUAGGCGGCGUCACGGUCGCCACCGGUGCUGGCAGGACCAGAAACGACGCCGCGCCGCGCCGCCGCCACGCAUAUGAACUAUUUUCGUAAGGAUACGCGGCCGCGGCCGGAGCAGUGUCGCCGGCUGCCGUCUCGGCCGGCGAGAGAGGCCGCUCCCUCCGGCGACAGAGGCCGCCGGCCGCCCCACACGCGGUCUGUAGAGAGUGACGCCCAAACCUGCGCGCGCGCAGCAAUAAUUUCCACUUUUCGUGCAUCGAGUAGACAUCCGACCCACAGAACCGGCCCGCCCACAGCAGUGUCCGUAGUAAAGCUCAACGUUUCUGACUGGGACUGUGUUCCGAGUUACCGCCGCCAUGUGUUUGUGCCGCGGGCCGUGUCAGUCCGGCAGCACCCGAUGGUGGUUGUUGCUGCGCCGUGCUGGGCUGGGCUGGCCGCGUCCCGGGCCGGCGCCGGUCUCUGAGGGACCGGCUGGAGGGGCGCGCGGCCACGUCCCGGACCAGCGCUGGUCUCUGAGGGGCCGGCUGGAGGGGCGCGCGGCUGACCGACCAGGCCGGAGAGCUGUGACUGGUGUCUGUCCGGCCCUCGCCGCCGGCCGCCACCGUUUGUUACUGUCUUAGAGACCGUAGUAUCGGGAGACGACUCGUCCGCCGUGGGCCAGAGGUCGUGUCUGUUCAGACAAUCGCCGACUGAGGACUGAAUGGAGACUCGCAUCUCACCGUUCGGACCGACAUGUUUGGAUCCGGCGACUUUAUGGCGUGGGCUGUGUUGACCGAGAAAGCUAAUUUUCUGCUGAGAUACAUACAUUGAGCGACCCACCUGUGACAGUUUGGCGUUGAGUGUCGACUUUGAAAACUAUGAAAAGGUUCAAUUCAAUGUUAUCGGUAGCUCGUUUGAGCCUGUCUCCUUUCGGUUUAUUUUUCUUGCGUUUUUUACUUAUCUCUAAACGAAGUUGAAAAAUAUUUUCAGGAGGUGGGUUGCGGUAGGUAUUCGUGGUCUGGAGUGUACCUAAAUCUGGAAUUCGUUUUAUUUUUUGUCUAGUUUCACAUCAAAUUAUGGUUUCACGAUUGUGGUCUCGCAACGCAUUCUAAUAUUGUGGACCACUCCACAAACGUUUGAUGUUCAAUCCGUCGAUAAAGCAGGACUAUGUCUUUUUCUUUGAGAGCGACAAUCUUACAAUAGAGUUGUAACUUCAUCCAGCCUGUCAAAUGUCUUCAUGUGAUCUGUCAAUGACUGGCCCAGUCCCGCUGGGACCGGCAGUCUAACGCUGUCUCGGUACUCUCGGUAGUCCGUCAGCUCAACUGGGUACCGCAAGGGUCGGUCGCUGGUGCUGACCUCUAUGAUAGUUUGCUCGCGACGCGACACCUACUGGCGUUUUAGGCAGUGCGCAGGGACUCAUCUGAAAUGUCACUGAAUCCGGUUGCGGGCAAUGGUGCAAUGUCUGUGUAUUCUUGAACAUGUUCCGAUGUUUUUAUUUCGGAAAGUGAGUGCUAAAAUACAGCAUUUCGUUCGUU